AUGGAUUACUCCAAGUACACCCAGGGCGCUCAGGGUGGCUCGCAGGGUGGCGAUUACCAAAAGUACAUGGAGCAGUAUUCCGGCGACUACUCCAAGUACAUGAAGGGCUCAUCUCAGGGAUCUCAGGGUGGUGGUGACUACCAGAAGUACAUGGAUUAUUCCAAGUACACCCAGGGCGCUCAGGGCGCUAAGGGUGGCUCGCAGGGUGGCGAUUACCAGAAGUACAUGGAGCAGUAUUCCGGCGACUACUCCAAGUACAUGAAGGGCUCAUCUCAGGGAUCUCAGGGUGGUGCUGACUACCAGAAGUACAUGGAUUAUUCCAAGUACACCCAGGGCGCUCAGGGUGGCUCGCAGGGUGGCGAUUACCAGAAGUACAUGGAGCAGUAUUCCGGCGACUACUCCAAGUACAUGAAGGGCUCAUCUCAGGGAUCUCAGGGCGGUGGUGACUACCAGAAGUACAUGGAUUAUUCCAAGUACACCCAGGGCGCUCAGGGCGCUAAGGGUGGCUCGCAGGGUGGCGAUUACCAGAAGUACAUGGAGCAGUAUUCCGGCGACUACUCCAAGUACAUGAAGGGCUCAUCUCAGGGAUCUCAGGGCGGUGGUGACUACCAGAAGUACAUGGAUUAUUCCAAGUACACCCAAGGCGCUCAGGGCGCUAAGGGUGGCUCGCAGGGUGGCGAUUACCAGAAGUACAUGGAGCAGUAUUCCGGCGACUACUCCAAGUACAUGAAGGGCUCAUCUCAGGGAUCUCAAGGUGGUGGUGACUACCAGCAGUACAUGGAUUAUUCCAAGUACACCCAGGGCGCUAAGGGUGGCUCGCAGGGUGGCGAUUACCAGAAGUACAUGGAGCAGUAUUCCGGCGACUACUCCAAGUACAUGAAGGGCUCAUCUCAGGGAUCUCAGGGCGGUGGUGACUACCAGAAGUACAUGGAUUAUUCCAAAUACACCCAGGGCGCUAAGGGCUCGCAGGGUGGCGAUUACCAGAAGUACAUGGAGCAGUAUUCCGGCGACUACUCCAAGUACAUGAAGGGCUCAUCUCAGGGAUCUCAGGGUGGUGCUGACUACCAGAAGUACAUGGAUUAUUCCAAGUACACCCAGGGCGCUCAGGGUGGCUCGCAAGGUGGCGAUUACAAGAAGUACAUGGAGCAGUAUUCCGGCGACUACUCCAAGUACAUGAAGGGCUCAUCUCAGGGAUCUCAGGGCGGUGGUGACUACCAGAAGUACAUGGAUUAUUCCAAGUACACCCAGGGCGCUCAAGGUGGCUCGCAGGGUGGCGAUUACAAGAAGUACAUGGACUAUUCCAAGUACACCCAGGGGUCGCAGGCUGCGGAUGCAAGCUCCAAAAGCCCUACCUUGCUGUCUGCUCCGGCAGCUACAGAUGCGGGUUCCUUCGUUCAUGAGUACAAGAGCUACAUGCAACAGCGCGGCAAGAAUGUGUCAAUGGGAUUCGAGAAGUACAUGAAGGACCAUGCCGGUCAGUUCAAGCAUUAUGUGCAAUCGCGAGGUGCUGAAGCAGCGGGCGACUUCAAGGACUACUUCAACAACUACAAGAGCUUCUUUCAGAACGAAGGUGCAGAUGCUGCUGGCGACUUCAAGAAGUUCGUGGACGAGUAUGCCAGCGACUAUGCAAAAUACUUGAAGGCCUGCCAUUCCCAUGAACUUGUUACAAGCUCCCUAGAUGCUAACUUCCGGUUCGAAGAACGAGGCAACCACGCUGCCACGGACUACAAGAAGUACCAGGAGAGCGGACCAGCAGUUGUGCUUGCGGCCGCUGGUGGUGACAAGAACGCCAGCCCGGAUCAGCAGAGCGCCGAAGAGAAGAAGGAAAGCCAGGAGAGGCAGGAGGAAAAGCAGAGGCUCCACGACGAGCUGCAGUCGGAGCGCGAGCGGCUGAGGAAGGAGCGGCAGGCGGAGAAGGAGCACCUUCGGGAGGAACUGGCAGAAGAGGCGAAAGAGCAUCAGCAAAGUCCGAAGUCCGGGGCAGCCCCGACGACGCUGCUGCAGCAGGCUGGUGCCAGCUUCUUCUUCGCUCCACUGCUUGUGGUCCUGGCCAUGAGCGGUGCUCUCGUCGCUUUUGUGCGAAGACAGGUGCGGCGUCGCCGAGCUGCCGCAGAUGACUACGUGAUGCACCUUGAAGCCCCUCUGGCUGCAGUGUGA